AAAAGAAACCAGGAUGAACCUGGUAUGGUUUUACCGGCUGCUGCCCAGUAGGUGGCAGUAUGCCCCGGAAAGCCUUAAAGAGGAUGAAGAAGACGAGGAAGAGGCGUUAGUUUCAAAGCUUGUUAACGGUUGUCUUGGUGCUGGGUGUGUAAACUUCUAAACGAAACAGUUUAUCAGUUAAUGUUGCUGUCAGGGACUCGCUAUAGCAAGGAAACAGCAGCAGCUUUGUUAAGGAGCUCGUUUUUUGUUACACAGGAGCGGCCAUUAUACCAGAGGUUCCUUCAGCUCUCUUUUUCUGGUAAAUUCCUCCCUCAUAAAAACAAAGUUGACAACACUAUGGACAAUCUGGACUUCUCAGUAGAAGAAAUUCAACAACAACUGGCUGUACUUGGCUAUAGGAACAUACCAAAACACAGGCUGCUGGAGUUUAAGCAAGAUCUUGAUAAAGUGAUUCGCCAUGGACAGUGGAAGAACCUGGCCUCUGCCACGCCUACAAACAUAAACUCUCAGACAGCAACAUCUCAUUCAAGUCCUCCUGCUUAUACUAAAGAAAAAGUCAGCCUGUUGUACUCUAAAGGAUCCAGUGCAGGAUUUUUCAUGCAUCAAGAGAAAACAUACCGGGACACCAAGAAGAACAAAAACAACAGUUGGCCAAUGAGACAUUGUGAUUCAUACGCUGAACAGUCUGUGGGUCCGAGGCUGCAGCUCCCAGCUGGUGCUCCCAACAGGCUGCAGGAAGAGCCGGAUACCGAAGACACCCUGGACUCACUUCUGUCUGAAAGCUACACUUCCUUUUCCGAGCACCAGGAGAGGCGAUUUAUCAAGAGAAAGGUUUUAAGAAAACGAAAAGGAAAGUCUCUCAUCUGUGAUGAAUCGGUGUACACAGAAGAUUCAGUUUCCCACCUGAGCUGUGGGUCUCUACAGCUCCUCCACAGUUACCCGGGCCUCUUGGCGUCUUAUUUGAUUAAUGCCCUCUUUGCCUGGCCUGUAGGUGGACGGCCGUGCAUUGAUGCCACGAGCCGUCUAGAAGAGCAGAUAGCUGAGCUUGAUUUAUCCACGUCACAUCAGAAGGAUGAUGAAGCAGAGAGUGAAGAUGUAAGUGAUGAGAGUGACUACCAGAGUUCAGAGACGGAUGGUGUCGACUCAAGUGCCUUCGAAUCCUAUAUCAAAGGCAUGAUUCAGACACAGAGUUAUCAGGAUGUAAGGCCCAAACCAAAAUCCUUCAUCCGACCAGUGAUGUGUCAACCAGUCAUAAAGAAGACUGAUCCAGUGGCCAAGUAUUUCCAGUACAAACAGAUGUGGGAAAUGUUCCAAGUGUCUGGAGAGAAGGACAGGAAAGCUCUCCGCUGGGAGAUAAAGGAAAAGCUUGCAUACCAGCCUCUGCCUAAUCAACCUUUACAUUAAUGGCCACGUUUGUGAAUAAAACAAGGAAUUUAACUUUGGUUUCCAUCGUUAAAAUCAUAUAGCAAGCAUCAGUCCCAAACAUCCACCACAAUAUGUAAAAACACAUUGAUUGUGUGUGUAUUUAUAUAUGCUGGCAUUUCAUACUGAGGUUCUGGAGAGCUGAGCUAAAACUUGUUUGAUCCCAUGACCCAUGAUAGAAGGUAAGACUGCAGGUUAGCAAAUAAAACUGAAUAAUUCAACCGUUCUUCACCUUUUCUGUUGAGGUUUUUGUUGUCAUGAAGCUUUCUAUACUAAGCUAUACUAUGUUUAAUAUGCUGUUAAUAAAUAAAAUGAAUAUAAUUGAUUUUACAUUAGGGGGUGUAAAAACUCAGCAUUUCUCAAGCCUAAAGAAGCAAACAUUUAAAUGUACUAGUUUAAAGAGAGAUUCAUUGUUUAAACGGAGACACAUUUAAUAUUUUCUUUUUCAUUUAGAUGUUUUUAAAUAGUUUCCAUGUUGGGAAUCGGAAUGUAAUUGUUGGUUCUGUUUAAACUUUCUUCAAAUUAUUCCCAGGUUUUUUGUUUGUUUGUUUUGCUGUUGUGAAGUAUUUUCAGUUAAAUAAGCCUAUAUUAUACAACGUAUUCUAAUGUAACCUGUAAAAGAUAAAAAAUUAAAGAUAAAGCUGCUAUGUUUACUAAAGUAAUUUAGCAAUAAAAGAAUAGAUUCACCAAAAUCACAUCAUGGUGUUGAGAUGUCACACCAGGAGUAUUGCUUAAAUUUCCAGUGGUCUGUCCUUGGACACUUUCUGAGCAGUAGAUGUAGCAGGUUCUCACAUCUUUUUUGCAGUGCUGUUGAACUGACGACACACGGAGAUAUUUAAAUGCUGCGGUUGGCUUUAACUGUAAGAUCUUGACCAAAAGAUGGCAGCAUAGCCUCCGUGGCUAACAAGCUCCCAUGAUAAACGGACAGUUCUGCUUCUAAGGGGAGUGAUAUUAAAGAAACUGCCCUAGUUAAACAUCUCUGGGUUUAGCUGGGUAAAAGGGUCCAGUGGUAAGAAAUGCAGUCUGGACACUUGACCCAGGCAACCAAACCACCAGAAACUUCACAAGCUGAGAAAAACAUUCCUGAGUAAAACUAAACCGUAAACUAGUGUAAAGAGUAGUUGUUGUAAUUGUAAAGCAAAACGAUUCAACCACUAGGUGGUUCCUGUUGCACUUCCUGUUUUGUUUCAUGCACUCCAUGGUGAAUGGGUUACAGGUCAGCAUAACAGGUAAUCUGAUUUAAUAGCCACAUUUUCUACCUGACAGAUUUAGUAUUGAGCAUUUCCAAGAAAAAUGACAGCACUGUUUACUGAUUCAGCUUAAAACAGAUCAACCAGGUCUUCCCAUCUUGUUUCCUGUUGCAUUCCAGAGCUUUACCUUUAGGACUACUGUGAUGAACAGCGUUCACUGAUGGUGGUUUUAAAGAAGUAUGCAUGAACCCAUGUAUACAGGUCCUUCUCAAAAUAUUAGCAUAUUGUGAUAAAGUU